CGCUGUGAGCAGAGCUGCUCGGGUGGUUUUUGUCCUCGUCCUGAAGCUGCCGUGCGGGUCGGUUCUGGUCUGAGGAGAAUCUGCAGCAUGAGAGCCUCCAGCGCCACGACGUGUCCCGUCUCGGGGCUGCUGGUGUUGUCUCUGUGCGUCCUGUCGUCUCUCUGCCAGGACGAACACUCCGGGUCUCCCUCAGGUGAGGAACGCACCUAUGAAGCCUCCGACCGCUACAACAGUGCAGCUUCCCCUCGACCAGAGUACCCGCCUGAGCCGACUUACGACUACGACGAGGACCAGAGGCCCACGGGGGGGGACCAGGACCCCUACGGACCCCAACCCACCCGGGUCACCAUGAUCACCGAAGACCCCCUCCCCUACACCACCACCGUCGAGUCCCACUACGCCAAGGAGGACAUGGAGACCAUGCAGGUCCCUUAUGACUCUGAGGGGUCUGGAGCCGAUGCAGGUCUUGGAGAAGAGGGGCCCACUGAGUGCGACUGUGAACCUGGUCAGCCUGGAUUCGCUGGCUUCGCAGGUCCGAAGGGGUCCAGGGGUCUGCAGGGUAAAACUGGGCAGCCAGGAACUCAAGGCCGAGAGGGCUACAAAGGCACCAAAGGAGUUCGGGGGAGAGGAGGAGACACCGGACCAGUGGGCGGCGCCGGACCCGAAGGAGACGACGGAGCGUCGGGCUUCUCUGGAGCCACGGGAGAAGCCGGACUCCCAGGAGACCCGGGCGAACGGGGAGAGCUGGGAACGAAGGGGGCCAUCGGGAUGGACGGACCCCGCGGGGGGGUCGGGGGUCCCGGUGAGACUGGUCGUCUUGGCGACGUUGGGCCUCCAGGACCAAACGGAGGUUCAGGUAUCAAGGGGUCACGAGGGGUCAAAGGCUCGGAGGGUCCUCAGGGACGAGACGGAGCGAAGGGUCAGACCGGAGCUCCCGGCUUCCCCGGUGACCUCGGCGACAGCGGCUACACCGGUUACCGUGGACAACCGGGAUCCAUCGGACCGUCUGGAUCCAAGGUACAAACACCGUUUGAUAUCCGUUUCUGCAACCCCCCCACAAACUACCUGUGCUCACCCCCUGCUGUCUGUCCUCCUCAGGGGCCCAUCGGCGUCCCGGGUGUGAUGGGAGAGCCGGGACAGUUUGGAGCCAAGGGCAGCAAAGGCGACGCCGGCGUGAGAGGACCUCGAGGCCGAGCGGGCGCCGCGGGAACCGAAGGAGAGCGAGGAGAUGGCGGAGUACCCGGGUUACUCGGAUCAAAGGGCCUGCAGGGCCAGACCGGGUCCAAAGGUGAGACGGGACCCGAUGGGACCGCGGGUGCGGUGGGGAAAAAAGGCCUCAGAGGUGUUAAAGGUCAAAAGGGAGGCAGAGGAGACGGGGGAGACAAAGGACAGCGUGGACCAAAAGGCGCGGCGGGUCGCGGUGGCGACCCCGGACCGGUCGGCCCACCCGGCCUGCCGGGCACCAGGGGAGAGCGCGGGGCCAUUGGUGACCUCGGGGUCAAAGGGCAAGCCGGACCCAGAGGAGGCCCCGGUCCCUCUGGUCCCGGUCUGAGCGACGAGCAGGUCCUGCAGCUCUGCAGGGGCGUGGUCACGGCCCAGAUCUCCCAGUACGCCUCCUCCAUCCGGGCCAAGUGCUCCCAGGGCUGCCCCGUCAACAGCCGGACCCUCAUCGGACCGCCGGGGCCUCCGGGGCAGUCAGGGUCCCCGGGGAAGACGGGAAAAGCUGGAAAAGCCGGAGCAAAAGGAGCCAGAGGAGCUGAAGGAGACCGAGGACUGGAGGGACAGACGGGAGCUCAGGGGGACAGAGGUCAGAAGGGGCCUAAAGGCAGCGCCGGUGAUCCAGGUGAAGGCCUGGCGGGACCCGACGGGCCACAAGGCGUCAGAGGUUUUCCGGGUCACCCGGCGGAACCCACGAACGGCACAGAGGGCCCCCGGGGGCCCCGCGGCUUCCCCGGUGCAGUCGGGCAGUCCGGCCCGCUUGGCGGGGCGGGCGUGCCGGGUAUCUGCGAGGUGCGAGACUGCAGCAUCCACGCGCCAGUAACUCGCAAAGAGCAGGGUCUGGUGAAAGGACCAAUCAGCUCACAGAUGUGAUGACGACCACGAAAGAAAACGUCAGUCGGGUUGAAAACGUGACGCUCCGCUGGGGGCGGGGCUCUGCUGGGGGCGGGGCUCCGCUGGGGGCGGGGUUUGUUGAGAAUGUGGAAAAGACUUUCACAGCUUUGAUGAAAUGUGUUUGUUUUAUUUGAUAAACUCACACCACAUUUUUCCCCAUUGGAUCCUUCGUUUGGUUCCAUUUUCUGUUUCCACAAACUCACGAUGAAAAAUACACAAAAAUAACAAAGAGCAAUGUAAAUAUUUUGUACAUGAACUGUGCUGUGCAUUAUGUUUCAGAUAAAAUUAUUUUAACCUUUGA